CCAGCCUGUCCCUGCUCAAAGGGCAGAUGCUGUCCCUGCUAAGCAGGGCGGGUACCACUGGGCUAUAGGGAUGGGGCUCCUGAGGGGUUUGGCAGAGCUGGACACCACCGUUGCCUGGGCUGAAGCUUUUUCUCCCUGCCAGGCUCAGUUCCGUGCCAGCAUGGAUUACGCCAAGUCCUUGAGCCUGCGCCUGGCUGCGCCUGUCUCCAAAUGUGUCUCCGCCAGUGCUUCCAUGACCCAGCAGCUGCUCCUCUCCAGCCCGGCCCCACGGCCCCGACCCUUCCGUGUCUGCAACUGUGACCGCAGCCUGCGCAAGGGCAUCAUGGCACACAGCCUGGCCGAGCUGCUGCACCAGGUCCGGAGCACCCUGCUGGUCCCUGACCCCAUCACGCUGGUCCUGGAUGAGGACGGCACUGUGGUGGAGACGGAGGCUUUCUUCUGCACGCUGGAGGAGGGCACAGUGCUGAUGGCCCUGGGCAAGGGGCAGUCGUGGUCUGCCUGCAAGGCACCUGGCUACCAGCUGAGCCUGUCCCACAAGCCGUCCCGCCGCAUCGACGUCGCCUGUGUCACUUUUGACCUGUACAAGACCAAUCCGCAGGACCUGGGCUGCCUCAAUGUCAAAGCCACGCUCUAUGGCACCUACAGCAUGUCCUACGACCUGCGCUGCUACGGGGCCAAGAGGCUCAUGAAGGAAGCGCUGCGCUGGAUGCUCUUCAGCAUGCAGGCCACGGGGCACGUGCUGCUGGGCACCUCCUGCUACAUGCAGCAGCUGCUGGAUGCCACCGAGGAGCCCAAGGAGGAGAACUGUGUGCAGCUGCCCCACAUCCUGCCCAGCAGCCUCCCCCUGCUGCCCCCCAGCAAGAUGCUGCAGUGAGGAGAUGGGGCAUGUCCUUUUCUGGGGGUCCCAGAGCCCCUCCCUAGGUCAGUACCCAGAGCCUCUCCCUGCAUGCUGCUGGCUGGAUGCAGCCACCUCUUCUCUGUGAUGCCUGCUGCUUUGUAAAUAUAUUUAUUUAAGUAAAGCUGUGCUUCUUGCAAAGCU